AAAUCAGUUUGUACCGACAACUUGUUGUCUAAACAUCUAGUUUCAAAGCGCUAUACCAAAAAGCUCGCACGCUCGAGGAAUUAGAAAAGACUCGUUUUGGAAAUCGGGUUUCGGAAUCGAUCGUUUUUUAUGGUUGAUUUUUUUUUGUUGUUUCGUCAAACGAAAGAAGAAGCGACAGACGAGUGAAAAACGUCACAGUGUGUGUAUCUUUACAUGGUUGAAAGUGUGAAGAAGUAGAGCAAGAUCCUUUCGCAGAGCUUUUGGGAAAAAGGAUACGGUCUAAAGGAUAAUAGACUGCAGUAUCAGUUAUGUUACAGCUUCGGAACAGUGAACAGUGCUUCCGUUGGAUUCCGCAAUAGGUCAGCUGUUUGGACAUUGAAUAGAAUACAUUAUAAACUGACACAAAAGGUUAUCAGUGAUUAACUCGGUGUACAGAAUACUCGGUGUAUGGGAGAUAGUAUAGUGAAUGAACCUGAAGCGCAACUGAAGCAGCAAGUGAAUUAAAUCAUUUAGAAACAUUCGAGUGUGGAACACAAACCUAAGAUGUCUAUUAACUCGUCACCGUCAUCGUGCAGCGAUAUAAGCAUCGAGGAAUUGAAAGCCAGAUCACCAGAUUUCCCGCCAGAGUUAUUGGCAGUGAUCAAACAGGAGCCGGGCUCAGCCGUUUCGCCCAUUUUAACCCCACCGCACACGCCUACCGAGGACAGUAUUAACACGACACCGGCCGUGAUCACAUCGCGUCACUACUACGACAUGGAACAUAACCGGUCCCCAGCCAGGCGCCAACAUAUGCCCGCCCAUUCCCACCACCAGCAGCAGCCACAUCAUCCCCACCAUCAAGAGGCAUCCCCACAAAGUGCCUUCAUUCCCCAACAGCUACCUGGAGCUGGUGGCCAAUCAAUGGAGGCUUUUCUGUACCAUCAACAGCAACAGCAAGUUCAGCAACAGCAGCAGCAGCACCGCCUAUGGCUCCAAACACAGGCGGCUGCAGCGGCUCAACAACAGCUUCAUCAAACCGGUUAUCCAGUUCCUGGCUACCCUCAAAUCCCUGGCGUCCCUAGCCAGCACCCGCAUGCCGCCCUCAUGCAGCAGUGGAUCCGCAACGCUGCCAUCUAUCGGCAACACUUCCAACAUCAAGGCUAUCCCGCUGAACUAGCUCGUCUACCUCCCUUUGGACGCCCCGGAAAUCCUCUGGGCCCCAUCAAACCCACCGGCCAUGGAAGCUCUCGUCCAAAGAAGCAAUUUAUCUGCAAGUACUGCCAUCGGCACUUCACCAAGUCCUACAAUCUGCUCAUCCAUGAGCGCACCCACACCGAUGAGCGACCCUACUCGUGCGACAUCUGCGGCAAAGCCUUUCGUCGGCAGGAUCAUCUCCGCGAUCAUCGCUACAUCCACUCCAAAGAAAAACCCUUCAAAUGCUCCGACUGUGGCAAAGGAUUCUGCCAGUCCCGAACCCUGGCCGUCCACAAGGUCACUCACCUCGAGGAGGCUCCCCACAAGUGCAACAUCUGCAAUCGGACCUUCAAUCAGCGAGCCAACCUCAAAACUCACAUGCAAAGCCACGCACUCUCCGAGGUCACUCCCAAUGGACCGGUCCUAGACCUGUCCCAAAAAUCCACCUCCUCCACUCCGGAAAAGGAAAUCAUCGUCGACGAGGACAUCAGUGACGAAGAAGAGGAAGAAGACUUGGACCUGGACGACGAGGAACAUCACCUGGAGCAACUGCACCACCACGACACCCCAAUCGGUGCGGUUCUCCCCAAAAAAUCCCUCGGAUUCUCGAUCGAUGAGAUCAUGAAGCGGUAAUUUGUUGAUUCGUCCAUCCAAACGACGAAUGAAACACACACCCGUAGUCACAAAGAUGUUCCUUAGUCAGUCCACGCGUCGUGGUCCCCGAGCCAGAGUGAAAAAUAGGUUGAUCCUAAUUUUGUUUUGUUGUUGAUUUUGUAUUCGUUUUCUUUAUUGUGGAAGAUUAUAUUUACACCCUGUUUUGUUAAACCCCAAGCAGCAAGGGAAAAAAAUAAGUUGUAAUUUCACCAACUUCAACCAGGAAAAAGAGGCAAAUCAAUUCAUCCAUACACACACCACUAGUAAAAAUAAACACACAGAGAGAGAGAAGCAAAAAAAAAAACCGACACAAGUAGCCAAAGAAGAGGUAUACAAAGGUAGAAGAGAAAAAAAAAACGAUUUAUUCAAUUGCGAAAGGUGAGACAGGGAGAGACAGGAGAAAUCUUUCUUUCUUUCAAAAGACUGAUAUUGCUUUUAUUUAUGGGUACGCAUUUUAGUUAGUUAGCAACACUUAAGCCAACGAAAAGCCUACAGAGCAAAAACAGGUCACCCAGCCAUGAAUUCAUAAAAUCAAAUCGGUGGGAACCGAAAGAAUAUUAAUUUUAAGCAAUGGUUGCGCGCUUAACCGCCUCGUGGCCGCAAGCAAACAAAACAACAGUAUUAACUAGUAGUAGGUACACAAACGCAAAUUGAUCUCAGCCAAAAAAUCCCACGAAUUAGUUGUUUAGGAUCGACAUUGACCCUGUCAUUAGAGCUUAUUUGUACAUAGAAUCACACCACAACAACAACAACCACAAACCACUAUGAUUAUGGUAGUAGCCCUUGUUUAGGUUUUAAGUAAGAAAGCUAUAUUUUUAUCUAUGUUUGUAGUUAUGUAAGAGCCAACCCCCGAAGGAGACGUAAAUUAUUACUGGAAAACAUCAGAAAAUAUCCAAAAAUAAAAUAUAGAAAAUUCAAACCAAUUAA